CGAUUCCACCGAUCUCUCCCGAACGGGUCAAUGUCUGAGGAGCGGAGGCAUCGGAAAAAUCUGUGGCCUGCGGUGUGCUGGUGUUCCCGUAGAGGAAUCAACCCAAAUUAAAGGACCCAGAAUAAAAAUAAUAAAAAAGUCCCUCAAUCCCACGUAAAAACCUCAUUAUCACCGUUCGAGUGAGUGCAGUGAAAAUCAUCCAACCAGAUUGUGCAAAAAAAAAGCUGGACAAAAAGGGUUGAGAAAAAGUGCCUAGAAAAAAAAAAGCCGUGAAGCCCCGCGCACUCCCGCUGGAUCCCGAUACAACGGAUACGUGAUUUUCGUGAUUUUCGUGACGCCGCCCACACGUACGUCGUCAACGCCGUGAGAGGCUGGUCGCCCCCGCGGGAAAAUGGUGUGCGCAACGUAUCAUUCGGCCACAUCCCGAAAUCCCCACUGAUCCCCAAACCCAUUUUCCAUUUUCCCCCCUUGCUCCCCCGGGCCAUACAAAAACUGAAAAAAAAAAAUCCUGAAAAAAACCAGCCGCCCCCGGAAGUGCGUGAUAACCAUCCCCUAGUGUACGACGGCUCCUUGAAUUACGGAUAAUUCGAAUAAUAUCUUGGUGAACAGAAAGAUCGUCGACUGGUGUUACUAUAUAAUUCGUCGUGUCGUUUUGCCCGUGCGCGCCUCGUGUUACUACUGGUCGUUCUAAAAACGUCCGCUCCAACUCCUCAUUUUUUUUUUCUCAAUCCCCGAGAAAAAAAGAAAACGAGAGGAAAAAAAAGAGGAGAACUCCUCGGUUAUUUGGGCCUCGUCGAGGGAUUUACAGGUGAAUUCAGUGGUGGGUGGAUGAAUGGUGAUUUGUGAGGGGUUAGAUAGAGUGAGGAUUUAACAGACACGACGAGGAAGUGGGACGCAUCGUUGCACCAACGUCUGGGGGAAGAAUUGUUGACCUGGGGGUUAACGAGGGAUUGUCUUUGGUGGUGAGAAUUACGGGAGAGGAUUGGUAGUGAGGGGACGUGGACCUCAAGUCCCGGAAGUCCCGAAAGCCCCACAAGUCCAAGAAAUCCCUGAAGUUCCUGGAGUCUUGGGAUUUCCAGAAGUCUUUGGAGUGAUUGGAGUACCUGGAGUCCCCGAAUUCCCUGGAGUUUGUGGAGUGCCUGAGACGCUGAUUGAGGGGAAUUAUUUUGAUAAUCCUUUUUUUUACUCGUUCAGCUUUGGCUGUCGGGGAUUUUAUUUUGGGGAUUACCGACUGAGUUUGGAGCGUGCCAAGGGACAGGCGUUAAUUGAGUCUUUGGUGCGAUGUGAUAUUGGUUGUCAUUGAUGAUUCGUGACGUUUAGUGGAGGGUGGAGAGCUAAUUGUUGAGUUUUAGAGGGUGUGGGGAAUUUUUUUUGGGAGUGAGGCUAGGUGAUACUGUUGUGGGGUGAGGCGACAGGGGUUUUAUUAUAUAUAUAUUUUUUUUUGUGGGAUUUGGGGGUGAGUUUUGAGGGCAGGAGGUGGCGGUGCAGGCGGUGGCGGAUAAGGUGGAGGUGGAGGAGUCAUAAUGAGCGGUCGUCCGAGGACCACUUCCUUCGCCGAGGGCACCAAGCCCCCAGCUAAUCCGCCCCUGGGUGGCAUGAAGAUCAGCAGUGGUACCAUGUACACUGCAGGUAGGGAUGGAAGCAAAGUGACAACUGUUGUGGCGACACCAGGUGCUAGACCAGAUCAUCCACAGGAAGUUGCAUACACGGAUACUAAAGUCAUUGGCAAUGGCAGCUUCGGGGUUGUUUAUCAAGCCAAACUGUGUGACACUGGGGAGAUGGUGGCGAUUAAAAAAGUUCUUCAGGAUAAGAGGUUCAAGAACAGAGAACUCCAAAUAAUGCGGCGACUUGAGCACUGUAACAUCGUAAAACUCAAAUACUUCUUCUACUCGAGCGGUGAUAAGAAGGAUGAAGUGUAUCUCAACCUCGUGCUGGAAUACAUACCUGAGACGGUGUACAAAGUUGCACGGCACUACAGCAAGAGCAAGCAGACGAUACCGAUGAGUUUCAUCAAAUUAUACAUGUACCAACUGUUCCGUUCUCUGGCGUACAUUCAUUCGCUGGGCAUCUGUCACAGGGACAUUAAACCGCAGAAUCUUCUACUGGAUCCAGAGACUGGUGUUCUCAAGCUAUGCGACUUUGGAUCAGCCAAACAUCUGAUUCGUGGUGAACCAAAUGUAUCUUACAUAUGCAGUCGUUACUAUCGGGCGCCUGAAUUAAUCUUCGGUGCAAUCGAUUACACCACGAAAAUUGAUGUGUGGAGCGCUGGCUGUGUACUGGCUGAGUUGUUACUCGGUCAGCCGAUAUUCCCUGGAGACAGUGGUGUCGAUCAGCUCGUUGAAAUUAUCAAAGUACUCGGUACACCGACACGUGAUCAGAUAAGAGAAAUGAAUCCCAAUUACACGGAAUUCAAGUUUCCACAGAUAAAGUCGCAUCCCUGGCAAAAGGUAUUUCGUGCCCGAACACCUCCAGAAGCAAUGGAACUUGUUGCCCGACUCCUGGAGUACACACCACCCCUGCGAAUAACCCCCCUGGCAGCGUGUGCCCAUCCAUUCUUCAACGAAUUACGAGAGCAAGGAACUCUCCUACCGAGUGGACGUGAAUUGCCACCACUAUUUAACUUCACAGAACACGAGUUACGUAUCCAACCAAAUUUAAAUUCAAUAUUAAUCCCAAAAUACAUGCAAACAUCAGAGACAACAACCGAGGGACAAUCGACAGCUGAGCCAACGAGUACAGCUGCUGGUGGUAGUGGUAACACAACCGACAGUAACGUCAACACGACAUCACCCUCCGUCACACAAAGCACCGAUCCUAAUCAAUCGACCAUGGCCUAAACUGGCCCAUAAGAAAAAAAAAAGAAAGCGAAAAAAAAAGUAACGCAAAAUAUCUACACCAUUAGUUUCCUCAUUUCGAUUACUUAAUUCCCAAUAAAAAGUGAAAAGAUAAAAUUUAUCAUUUUGCAUCGAGAAUGCCCCAUUGUAAAUUGAACUCAACACCCCAGAUCGGAGCUGACUGAGUCCAUAAAACUAAUCGAAAUGAUGAUUUAGAUGAUAUCCUAAUGAAUUUGGGACUGCGGUCGGGACAGCAAUCGAUCAGUUUUGCCUCAAAUUACCCCAUCGGACAAUCUCAGCUGUUGAUCGAAGGGUUGAAUUCAGUGUAUAUAAUAGAAAGAACAGGUUCGUUCUGGAGGCCUCUGAUGGUUAAUAUCCUAAGGAUCUUGGUUAAAGAUGUAACGUAAAAAUUUAAUGGAGAAAACCAAUGUGUGGUAGCGAGUUAGGAUUCGCUUGCAUCGUCUUUUUAUCGAAUUUAGCUUCUUGAACGGGUGCCGGACGUUUUGAUAAUUGGAACAAGUGGGUAAUUGUCGUAAAUACUGAAGUAUCUAUCAAUUUAUUGUCCCCAGAGCAUGGAUAAUUGCCCCAGCUUCCACCAACGUUCAAAUCGCUAUUAAUAUUCUGUUAUAGUCGAGUGUAUUAUUAUUAAUAUUAUUUUAAUUAUCAUUUUAUUAUGAUUUAUUAUUAUUUUUUUCUUCUUUUCUCUUGUAAUAAAUGUGAGAAUCUGGAGGUCGCGAUUAUUUUUCUAAUUGUCCAGUGUUUUAUGUUUAUAUUCACGUAAAACAUUUUGUUGUAGUGACGAAGGGUUUGCGGGGGGGAAGGGAGGGAUAAAUUCAGGGAGAGGUUGUACCUAGAUUAAUGCUCCAUUGGCCUUUUAUAUAUAGUGAAGAAUCAUUAGGGAAUAUUAGAGAGUUUAAUGAUGCGAUUCGAUGUGUCGUUUAUUUGGUGGAAAUUAUUUAAGUAAAAAGAUACAAAAAUGCUUAUUUUACUGACUGAAAUAGGAUGUACACAGGGGGUAUCAUACUUGUGCGAUAUCAUUGCCUCGCAUAAUUGUUAUAUUUUCUUCAUUCUUUUUUUUUCAAUUUCUGGACGUAUAUAAUGGGCUGUUGUGGUCAACAGCAGGAAAUUAGAUCGAUUAAAUAAAUGCCUUUAACAUUAAUUAUUUGUAUAUUUAAAUAUUAAUUAUUGACGAUGAAAUUUAAUGGUAAUAACACCAGUUGUAAGUUGAUAAGUGAUUUUUCUUUUCAUUUAUUCUCUUGUUUGUUUUCAUAGGAAUCCCUCAUCCAGUUGCUAUAAUUCGUGGUUCGUCGGUGUUUUUUUUUUUUUUUGAAUUCGAACAAUUGUCUGGCACGUCAUUCACACAUAUCAUCCAAUUCUCGGGGUAGAGAACUGAAUUUUUUGGAACUCGGAGGUGUUUUUGUUCUUGUUUUGACACCCUGUGAAUAUUUAUUACAAAUUGCCGAAGACUUCAUUUUCACUUGACUUUUUUUUCAUUCUUUGACUUUUUUCGUCGAUCGACAUCGCCGAGUUGAGUUUUUUUUUUCUGUCCCUGUUAGAUAAAA